UGUUUAUAAGGUAAAUGUGAAACACACUAGGGUUGGUUGAUAUAAUCUCAAAUCUAUCUUGAUAAAUUGUCAAAUUUAUCUCGAUCAAUUGUAUCACAAUAAGUAUUUUUAGCCACAUUAGCAGCAUGGCAAUGUCAAUCUGUCUGUCAAUGUCUCAACAACUAUUGGAUGGAUUCCCAUAAAAUUUGGUAAAGACAUUGUCUCUGUAGAGGCCACUACCUCUCCACCCUCUAUCGAGCCUCCCGAUGUGUCCAACGUUCCCCUUGAGUAUCAUAACGUCAGUGAGGUUUUCAGUAAGCAGCAUGCUCUCUCCCUUCCUCCCCACCAACCUUACGACUGUCCCAUUGAACUUCUCCUUGGAGCCCCCUUGCCCUCUAGUCGUCUGUUUAACCUGUCUCGUCCUGCAAGGAGAAGUACAUCCACGAUUCUCUGGCUGCUGGCAUCAUCCAGCCGUCUUCUUCCCCAGUGGGUGCAGGUUUCUUCUUUGUUGCUUAGAAACACCGUUCUCUCCGCCCCUGUAUUGACUACCGUGGUCUCAAUGCUAUCACCAUUAUAAUCAAAUACCCCUUGCCCUGUAUCAACUCAGCCUUCAAACCCAUUCAAGAAGCCACCAUCUUCUCCAAACUGGAUCUACAGACCGCUUACCAUCUGGUCAGAAUAUGAGAAGGAGAUGAGUGGAAGACAGCCUACAACACCCCCCUCAGCCACAUCAAAUACCUGGUGAUGCCCUUCGGACUCACCUAUGCCCCGCUGUCUUCGAGGCUCUCGUCAAUGACGUGCUGCGUGACUUCCUCAACCACUCAGUCUUUGUGUAUUUGGACGACAUCUAUGUUCCGACAACCCAGAAGAACAUGUGGUGCACAUCAGACAGGUGCUUCAAAGACUCCUGGAGAACAAGCUUUUUGUGAAAGCAGAAAAAUGUGAGUUCCAUGUCAGUUCUGUUUCUUUCCUGGGCUACAUCAUUGAAUAGGGGCAGGUGAAGACGGACCCAGAAACGAUCCAGGCAGUGGUACAGUGGCCCAAACCCAGUUCAGUCAAACAGCUCCAGCAGUUUCUUGGUUUUGCCAACCUUUAUCGUCGCUUCAUCUAUGACUACAAUAGAGUGGCAGCACCCCUGACUAAACUUACUUCCCCAGUAGUCCCCUUUGUUUGGACCCCAGAGGUCGAGGCAGCUUUCACUAAACUCAAGUCACGUUUCACAUGAGCCCCUGUGCUCGUCCACCCUGACCCCUCACGCCAGUUCAUUGUGGAGGUGGACGCUUCCAGCACUGGGGUUGGAUCUGUCUUCUCUCAGCCUUCUGCUGAUGACCAGAAGCUCCACUCUUGUGUCUUCUCUUGACACCUGACCCCAGCUGAGAAAAAUUAUGACGUUGAGUACCAGGAGCAGUUGGCCAUCAAACUGGCCCUGGAGGAAUGAAGGCACUGGCUGGAGGGAGCUGAACAACCAUUCAUCUUGUGGACAGACCACAAGAACCUGGUCUACAUUCAAAUGGCUGAACUCCCGGCAAGUUCGCUGGGCCCUGUUCUUUGGUUGGUUCUCAUUCACCCUUACUUACCGUCCAGGCCCCGAAACAAAAAACCAGAUGCUCUCUCCCAGCAGUUCACCAACGCAGCGUCCUCUUCUGACCCUGAGACCAUCCUCCCUGCCUCCUGCAUGGUGGGAGCAGUAACUUGUAACGUUGAGUCCCUGGUCAGGGACGCCCAGCAGACCCAGCCAAGCCCAGGUAACACUUCUCCAAACCGCCUGUUUGUUCCUGACUUUGUACGCUCCCAGGUCCUGCAGUGGGCACACACAUCUCAGGUUUCCUGUCACCCUGGCAUCAGUCGCACUCUGGCGCUCCUGAAGCACUCUGUCGCUCCUGAAGCAGCGUUUUUGGUGGUCCACCAUGGUUGCAGACUCCCAUGCCUUCAUCUCUGCCUGAACUGUUUGUGCUCACAUCUAGGCCUCCCACCAACCUCCUGCUGGCCUCCUCCGCCCACUACCGGUUCCUGGUCGACCUUGGUCCCAUAUCACCCUAGACUUCAUUACUGGACUUCACCCUUCCCAAGACCAACGGUCAAGGGGAGCGAGCCAAGCAAGACCUCAGUGCUGCCCUUCACUGUGUGGCUUUCCGGAAACCCCUCCUCCUAGAGUACUCAGCUGGCUUGGGUUGAGUACACCCACAACUCGCUGUCAAUCGCUGCCACAGGUAUGCCACCAUUUCUCUGUGCCAUGGGUUUACAACCUUGCUUGUUCCCAGCCCAGGAGGAUAAAGUCUCGGUUCUCUCUGUCCAAGCCCACCUUCAUCGUUGCCGUAAGGUCUGGAAGGAUGCUUGGGCAGCCCUACUACCCCCUACUGUCACGGCCAUGACAGUGUGUGUGUGUUUUGUGCCCUGAUCACUGCUUGCUUGCCUGUCUGCCUCCCGUUUACUUUCAUCCACCAUCAUUCUCCUAUUAUCUAAUAAACCUCCUGCGUUUGAGUCCAGCUUUCAAAGCUCAUCGUAACACUGUCAAGGUACAGUCACUGUUUUAUCAGAUCAUUUUAGAGUUUUGAAAAACUGAUCCAAGGCACACAGAUUUACGUUAUCUUCGUUUUUUUCUUUGCACAUUGAGAUACCUGAAUAGAGUAAACUGAAAGGGAACAAAUCUGAAUGCAGGUGGUACAUGGUUGUGGUGCCUGUUAUUCCUUGUAGAGACCUUGUGUGGAAGUCCUCCUAUAAUUGAAUCCACUGAGCAGGUGUGAAACAGUAAUUCAACCCCUGGUAGCACUGUACUCUAUUUUUGUAAAGAGGGCUUUCAUAAGAAAAGAGGACAUAAUGUAUCAAUCUGUAAUGAAAAGGUAAGUGGAACCCCCCCGCCCCAACUCUGUCAUGCCAAGGAAAUUUUUUAACAAGGGCUGUUAAAGGGGUAAACUAAAGAAAAGGGAAUAGGCCAAAAACUGUCAUGUGAGUCAUCCAAAAGGUAGGUAUGUGAAACAUAAUUACAUUAAUAGAGUCACACAUAAGAGAUUAAAAAAUGUAGACUAAAAAUGAGAAAUUAUUACAGACAUUUUUCAUUUUUAUGUCACAUACUCAUUUACCAUUGGUU